AUGCAGGCGCGGGCGCUGCUCCUGGCCGCGCUGGCGGCGCUGGCGCUGGCCCGGGAGCCUCCGGCGGCGCCGUGCCCCGCGCGCUGCGACGUGUCGCGGUGUCCGAGCCCCCGCUGCCCCGGCGGCUACGUGCCCGACCAGUGCAACUGCUGCCUGGUGUGCGCCGCCGGCCAGGGCGAGCCCUGCGGCCGCCCGCUCGACGCGCCCUGCGGGGAGAGCCUGGAGUGCGCGCGCGGCCUGUGCCGCUGUCGCUGGGCGCACGCCGUGUGCGGCACCGACGGGCACACCUACGCCGACGUGUGCGCCCUGCAGGCCGCCAGCCGCCGCGCGCUGCAGCUCUCCGGGACGCCCGUGCGCCAGCUGCAGAAGGGCGCGUGCCCGGCGGGUCUCCACCAGCUGACCAGCCCACGGUACAAGUUCAACUUCAUCGCAGACGUGGUGGAGAAGAUCGCACCGGCUGUGGUCCACAUAGAGCUCUUCCUGAGACAUCCUCUGUUCGGCCACAAUGUGCCCCUGUCCAGUGGCUCGGGCUUCAUCAUGUCGGAGGCUGGCUUGAUCGUCACCAAUGCCCACGUGGUGUCCAGCACCAACACUGUCUCAGGCCGGCAGCAGCUCAAGGUGCAGCUGCAGAACGGAGACACCUACGAAGCCACCAUCAAAGACAUCGACAAGAAGUCUGACAUCGCCACCAUCAAGAUCCACCCCAAAAAAAAGCUCCCCGUGUUGCUGCUGGGCCAUUCGGCAGACCUGCGGCCCGGUGAGUUCGUGGUGGCCAUCGGCAGCCCCUUCGCCCUGCAGAACACCGUGACAACGGGCAUCGUCAGCACUGCCCAGAGGGACGGCAAGGAGCUGGGCCUCCGGGACUCGGACAUGGACUACAUCCAGACGGAUGCCAUCAUCAACUACGGGAACUCCGGGGGACCUCUGGUGAACCUGGACGGCGAGGUCAUUGGCAUCAACACGCUCAAGGUCACAGCUGGCAUUUCCUUUGCCAUCCCCUCGGACCGCAUCACGCGCUUCCUCACGGAGUUCCAGGACAAGCACAUCAAAGACUGGAAGAAGCGCUUCAUCGGCAUACGGAUGCGGACCAUCACCCCAAACUUGGUGGAGGAGUUACGGGCCAGCAACCCAGACUUCCCGGCAGUCAGCAGUGGAAUUUAUGUGCAAGAAGUUGUUCCAAAUUCACCUUCUCAGAGAGGAGGCAUCCAAGAUGGCGACAUCAUCGUCAAGGUCAAUGGGCGCCCUCUGGCGGACUCGAGCGAGCUUCAGGAGGCCAUCAUGACGGAGUCCCCACUCCUGCUGGAGGUGCGUCGGGGCAACGACGACCUGCUCUUCAGCAUCGCGCCCGAGGUGGUCGUGUGAGGUGGGGCCGCCUCCCUCCAGAGCCAGAGCCUGCUGACAGCGGGGUCGCUGCCUCCCCAGGACAGGACGAAGGACCGCUGUCGGUCCUCAGCAGGGCCAGCAGCCGCCUUCCGGGCCAGCCGUCCAGAGGCAGAGCAGGAGGCUGGGUUUGGCCAGGGGUCCGGAUCUCAGCCUUGGGGGAGCAUUGGAUCCCGGACGCCACAUCCCAGUGCCCGUGAGGGAAGCCCAAUGUCCCCCUCGUGCAGAUGCUCCUGGAGGUCACCCUCUAAGGAUAUCUAGAAAACUCCUGCAGUUCCCAGGAAGUCCAUCCUCUCUCCCAGCUUCCUGUCUCUGCAUCUGCCAAUCCCUCUGUCAGAAAUGCCCACGCUGCUCCUACCCCACCCUCCCCUCAUCCACCCUCUGCCACUUCAGCUCCCAGUGCCCAUGAACGCCUCCCUGAUUCUUCCCUCUGCCCCGGCACCCACCACGUUGUAUGACUGGGGCUGUCUGCCCACCAGCCUGGAGUCCCUGGAGGGCAGGCCACGUCUGACCCCCUUGAGGACUCAGGGUCUGACGGGCCUGGCGUGGAGCAGGCACCAACUGAAAGUCCCCCUGGCUGCCGAGCUGAGCCCUGCAUGCAAGAUGAGGUGCCCUUCCCAGGAGGCAGGAUGCCGGCAGGCAGCGGAGCAGGUCGGCUUGCUGCCUGGAGAGGUUCAGCCUCCCCGAGGUGACCUGCGGGGGGUGCGAGGACUGAGCUAGCCUCACCUCCCCGCAGCUGUGGGGUGCAGCUACCUGUUUGCACGGAACUGCCACCCAGGAGCAGCGGGGCUCUCACAGGCACCUGCUCUCAGCUGGGGCACCUGUGUGUGUUUCUAGGUAUAUUUGUGAGCUUCGCUGUAAAACCGA